UGACAGGUGACAUAUUUAUUUAGAUUUAGAAGUCAAUGGAGUUGGACGAUGUGUGCUCAUUAAACUUAGAAAAUUGUUAAAAAUGAAAUAUGUUUCGUGAUUAUAGUGUAAAAAUUUAUUCUUUUGAUGCAAAUUAUGCGAUAGCAGUGUGUUGAUAAUCGUUGUACUUAACACCGAAUAUGUCAAACGACAACGAUCUGUUGAUAUCGCUGCCGCGUUCUUAUUUAAACGAAUUUUACAGCAAAUAUCUUAAUUUGGUUGAAACUUUUUACUAUGUUACGCUGUCCGAGAAUAAAUCAGCGAUCGCGAAAGAUAAAUCGGAAUAUGUGUUUUUCAAUGUUAUGUUCAAUUUGAAUCCAGUGGAUGGCAAUUUUAAUCCUUACGAGCUUGUCGGCCGAAUUCAAAAAUAUGUGGAGUCAUCACUUGGCUGGUCGGGUGAGCGCGGCGAGGAUUCCAGCUACGACUCCGAGUGUGAUGACGAUGGAGGACAUCGGACCGCCUCGCGCACACCCUCCGACACCCUCGCGGCAGAGUUCGCGGAGUACGUCACACUAGCUCCACCACCGCAGCCUAACCAGGCUAAGAUCGAUUUCGCGGUAAAACUGGGCUACUCGGAACGUCUCGCUCGAACUGCGCUGCAGCGGUUGGGGCCGGACCCACCGCGCAACGAACUGCUGGGCGAGCUCAUCAAGCUAGCGGCACAGCGACCCGCGCGCCCCUUGUCGCCCCCCGCGCCCGCAGAGCCCGAGCCCAGCGUCGAGCGCGCGCCGCUCCGACAUGUCGUCAUCGACGGCAGCAACGUCGCCAUGAGUCACGGUAACAAAGAAGUUUUCUCGUGUCGUGGCAUAGAGAUAUGCGUGGACUGGUUCCGAGCGCGAGGCCACAAGGAGAUAACCGUCUUCGUACCGAAAUGGCGGAAAGAGGCUUCACGACCCGACAACCCGGUAGCUGAUAGAGACGCCCUCGACCGCCUAGAGAGAGAACGGGUAUUGGUGUACACGCCGAGCAGGCACCUCGGCGGCAAGCGGCUCAUCUGCUACGACGACCGCUACAUCCUGCGUCUCGCCGCCGAGACCGACGGCAUCGUCGUCUCCAACGACAACUACCGUGACCUCGCCGCCGAGAGGCCCUAUUUCCGCAAGGUCAUCGAGGAGCGCCUGCUCAUGUUCUCCUUUGUAAACGAUCGUUUCAUGCCCCCGGAUGAUCCUCUCGGUAGAUCCGGCCCCACCUUGGAUGCAUUUCUUCGCCUUCCCCCCUCGAAAACAGAUCCUCCACCCGCCUGUCCCUACGGCAGAAAAUGUACAUACGGGAACAAGUGCAAAUUCCAUCACCCGGAACGGGCCGGACGCCCGCACAAGCCGGUCGCCGAGAAACUGUCCGAGCGGGCGGCCAAAGCGAUGAAAGCCCGCGACCUGCACACGCUCAGCCUGCCGCCGAGCGGUCGGCCGGCGGACAAUAAGAGGCCGCUGGCGCGCGCGCACUCCGCCGCGCCCCGAGUGCCCGACGCGACCCUAGCGACGCACUUCGACCGCGCCCAGGUGUUGCCCGGUCCUUCGCAGCCGCCGCUGGACACACAUCCGACUCACUCUAACCAGCAUAGAAAGUUGGCGCGGCAGCUCACACUGAACCCGGCUUGCGACCCGAGACUGCACGCCCACGCCCACUCCCACGCGCACGCAGUGGCUGGGCGCGUGGCGUCGGCGCCAGUGGGCGCGGCGGGCGCGGCCGGCAGUGCCGUGUCGCUAUCUCCGUGCGCUUCGGAGGGCGCGCUGCAACAGUGGGAGGCGCGCCGUCGCAUGCACUUCCACCUGGCGGGCAUCUUCCCCGAAGCGCACGUCGCAGAGGCGAUGGCCACCUACCCCGAGGAAACGGAUGCGCAGAAGAUGUGCGCUAUCAUCUUGGACCGGUACCGGCCGAGCGAGGCUCCACUGCCGCGCCUCUCCUAUCAUUAACUGUCUAUGUAUUGCUGCUCGAAUUAUCCUCUGUUUCAUUUUGAAAUGGAGAUCAUAUGUUCACUGUGUUGGUAGCACAUCUCGCUUGCAAACAUAUUCAAUACUGACGCUUUACAAGACGCUUUUGGAAUUUGACUAGAUAUCUAAUUUUGAAAACAGACGGACUGAAAAAGAAUCAUUGUAAUAUAUCACAGCCUUAGUAUGUUGGCAGCCUUGACAAAUCAAGAGUGCCUCAUUACUGUGUACAUUUAGAGUUAUUGCUUCAUCAUACACUUCUACGAAGCGUAUGUGUUAUUUAAUAAUUUCGUAUUAAGUUAAGUUUUUAAGUUUGUACAAAUUAUUCUUCGUAAAUAUUCGGUUCAACUAUAUACUAAAUAUAUAUAAAAAUGCAUAUAUGCAUGCAAUAUAUGCAAGCAUGAAGCCCUUAACUUUUAAGAAUAAUUAA